UCUGACACCGUACGAGCAAGAAAAAGGAAGAGACGGAAGAGAAAGUUGUCCUUACCUUUGACCCCCAGCUUGCCAAAUACCUACCAGCUCUGUGCAAAAAACCUCUUCUCAAACCAAGAUCCACGAAUCCUGUACCCAUAUUCUUGGUCCCGCAGCGUUCUUAACGACCCCAGAACGUUUGAAAUGGACGGCAAGGGGGACGGUUUGGAUUCGAUCGACUCGGUGCUGUGUGUUGCGGGUUCUAGGUUGCUUCGAACAGGGCUUAAACGAAGCAGUUGGACAGAUAAUCUAGUAAUGUUUGUAAAUGCUGGUGGCGGGGCUCUAAAGGAAGAACGAAAUUUUGGUAUUCAGUUUCAACACGACUGCUUUUUCCAAGGGGGGGAUGUUUUAAGAACUGAUGAAACAAUCGAGGGUGGCGAUAUACCAUCACUUUAUCAAUCAGCUCGAGUUGGAAAUUUUUGUUACAUCUUCAACAACCUGAGCCCUGGGGACUAUUUUGUUGAUCUUCAGUUUGCUGAAAUUAUAAAUACAAAUGGUCCUAGAGGAAUGAGAGUAUUUGAUGUGUUCAUGCAGGAAGAAAAGGUUCUAUCUGAACUCGAUAUCUAUUCCCUUGUUGGAGCCAACAGGGCAUUGCAGACGGUAGAUGUUAGAGCCUUUGUGGGGGAGGAUGGGACAAUUGUAAUAAGGUUCGAGGGAGUUAAUGGAAACCCAAUAGUAAGUGGGAUUUGCAUAAAGAGGGCAGCAAAAUUACCUGCAUCCCAGGUUAAACAUGGAUCUGUCAUAUGUAACAAUUGUGCUGCUGAGAUAGAAAUUUCAUCAGCUCAGAAUAAGUACUUGAGGAUGAUAUCUAAUGCCAAGUACGAAAAAAAGAUCGCGGAGCUGAAGUCCCAGUGCCAGCUUAAGACAGAUGAAUGUCAUGAGGCAUGGAUGUCACUGACAGGUGCAAGCGAGCAGCUUGAGAAGGUUCAAAUGGAACUUGACGACAAGUUCCUUCAGUAUCAUUAUUUAGAUCAAGCUAUGGAAGAGCAAGCAGCAAAUUUGAGAGAUAUCUGUAGUAGAUAUGAACGUGAUAAAAGGCUGUGGGCUGCAGUUGUCGAUGAUUUAGAGAAGAAAGUCAAGAACAUGAAACAAGAGCAUUGUCAGUUAUCUCGUGAAGCAUAUGAGUGUUUUGAUUCUAUUCCUGAAUUGAGCAAGAUGGUAUUUGCAGUUCAAGCAAUGGUUGCACAGUGUGACGCUCUUAAAUUGAAGUUUAGUGAGGAGCAGGCAAAAAGAAAGAUGCUUUAUAACCAGAUCCAGGAAGCAAAAGGGAACAUCAGAGUCUUUUGUAGAUGCCGACCUUUGAGAAACGAGGAGAUGCAAUCUGGGUUUGCAACAGUUGCAGACUUUAACGCAGCUAAUGAUGGAGAACUUGGGAUACUUUCGGGUGGAUUGACAAAGAAGAUCUUCAGGUUCGACCGAGUUUAUACCCCACAGGAUGGUCAAGUAAACGUAUUUGCGGAUGCUUCACCAAUGGUAGUUUCAGUGUUGGAUGGCUACAAUGUUUGUAUAUUUGCAUACGGGCAAACAGGGACAGGCAAAACUUUCACAAUGGAAGGCUCGGAGCAGAACCGAGGAGUCAAUUAUAGGACACUGGAGCAGUUGUUCAAAAUUUCUGAGGAAAGAAAAGAAACUUUCACUUACAACAUAUCUAUUAGCGUGCUUGAAGUCUACAAUGAACAAAUCAGGGACUUGCUUGCCACUUCUCCAACAUCCAAGAAGUUGGAGAUAAGGCAAGCUCCUGAAGGGGCUCAUCAUGUACCAGGAAUUGUUGAAGCCAAAGUUGGGAACAUUAAGGAGGUAUGGAGUGUUCUGCAGGCUGGAAGCAAUGCCAGAGCUGUGGGAUCAAACAAUGUGAAUGAAUACAGUAGUCGAUCUCAUUGCAUGCUGUGCAUAAUGGUAAAAACAAAGAAUUUGAUUACUGAAGAGUGCACCAAGAGCAAGCUAUGGCUUGUGGACUUGGCUGGCAGCGAGAGGCUAGCCAAAACCGAGGUGCAAGGAGAGCGUCUCAAGGAAGCUCAAAACAUAAAUAGAUCUCUUUCAGCUCUUGGGGAUGUAAUUUCUGCAUUGGCAUCCAAAAGCAGCCACAUUCCAUACAGGAACUCUAAACUCACACACCUACUUCAAGACUCCUUAGGCGGCGAUUCCAAGACUUUGAUGUUUGUGCAAAUUAGCCCUUUGGAACAGGACCUAGGUGAGACUCUAAGCUCAUUAAAUUUUGCAACUCGUGUUCGAGGUGUGGAGUUGGGUCCUGCAAGGAAGCAGAUUGAUGUGGGUGAGCUUCAAAAACUGAAAAUCAUGCUGGAUAAAGCAAAGCAAGAAUUGAGAUCCAAAGACAAUGCUUUUUGGAAGUUAGAAGAGAACUUGCGUAAUUUCGAGGGCAAGGCCAAAGGCAAGGAUCAGAUUUGCAGAAUCCAACAAGAAAAGUUGAGUGAACUUGAAGGGAAGAUUGCGUUGAAGACACAGCUAUGCAGACAGCUGGAGAAGCAGUUGUUACAACUUUCAGAGGGAGUAAAUGGGAAGGAAGAAACUUGCUUGAGUCUUCAGCAGAAGGUGAAGGAGCUUGAGAACAAGCUGAGAGUGCAUGAGCAUGCACAGUCUACAACUCUUCAGCACAAGGUCUGUCAGGUCAAGGAGCUUGAGAACAAGUUGCAGGAGAGAACACAAGAAUUUGAGCGUCAUUCUGCAAAGCUAAAUCAAAAGGCCAUUGAACUUGAAAACAAGUUGCAAAUGGAAGGAGGCAACCAAGGAUUUCAAAUGCUUCAACAGAAGAUUGAAGAGCUUGAAUUAAAGUUGAGACAGCAAGAACAACAAGAGUACAUGCUACCAGCAUGUUUCGCAGAUAAGUCAGGAACCACCUCUAAUGAAAGGAAAGCCUGGUCAAGAGUGCUAAGUCCACGACAAAUGGAUCCCCCAAGUCUGAGGAACUCUACAAACCGAGCAAUUAACCAGGAGUCUGUCUUGCUCAAAGGAACUGACACUCUCCACCAGAUAAGGAGAAGGAGAGGUCUCCAAAGCAUAGGGACUGAGAACACUUUCUUGGCGUCGAGUCCUUUGCUUGAUAAGAGGAUAUUGUCAAGUGAAUCAACUAAAGGAAGGCAUAUUGAUCAAUCCAAAGCAUUGUCAAGGCUUACAAGAAGCACAAAACCAGCAGCCACUGUUCAUAGAGCAUUUUCUGGCAGCAAUCUUCAUAAAGAUCAGUUGCCAGGGAACAAGGACAAAAACGAUAAGUCAAAGUUUUGGCUGAGAUAGAAGCAAGUGCAUUUUCAUUAUAUUAAGCUCCAAUGUUUGUUAAGUUCAUUCUUUUUUGUGUUCCACAUUUUUGUGUUGUUAAUGUUUGAAAAUAUGGGAUGAGUCACGAAUUAUCGGUGCAAGGAUCAGUGAAAACAUUUGAUUUCAC